UCCUCUAAAAUUGUGUUUUCUGAUUUUGCAAGAAUGUCAGGCCCAAAAUCAAAAGAAAACAUGGCCAAAGUUGGAAUCAAUGGGUUUGGCAGAAUCGGACGUUUGGUACUCCGUGCCGCUCUUUCUAAGGGAGUGAAUGUUGUUGCUGUGAAUGAUCCUUUCAUUGAUGUUAAAUACAUGGUCUAUAUGUUUAAAUAUGAUUCUACUCAUGGUCGUUACAAGGGAGAUGUCCAUGAGGAAGGUGGAAUGUUGGUUGUUGAUGGACACAAGAUCCAUGUCUUCCAAGAAAUGAAGCCCAGCAGUAUUCCAUGGGGUAAAGUUGGUGCUGACUAUGUCGUAGAAUCAACUGGAGUUUUUACAACUCUUGAAAAAGCAAAUACCCACAUUGAGGGUGGAGCAAAGAAAGUAAUCAUUUCUGCACCAUCUGCUGAUGCUCCUAUGUUUGUAAUGGGUGUGAACCACGAAUCCUAUGACAGCGCCAUGAACAUUGUCAGCAAUGCAUCUUGCACAACUAACUGCCUUGCACCUUUGGCCAAAGUAGUCAACGAUAACUUUGGAAUUGUGGAGGGUUUAAUGACCACUGUCCAUGCCAUUACAGCUACUCAAAAAACUGUAGAUGGGCCAAGUGCCAAGCUGUGGCGUGAUGGCAGAGGAGCAGCUCAAAACAUUAUCCCAGCUUCAACUGGUGCUGCCAAAGCUGUAGGAAAAGUUAUUCCAGAAUUAAAUGGCAAGCUGACUGGAAUGGCCUUCCGUGUUCCAACACCCGAUGUGUCUGUUGUUGAUCUUACUUGCAGGCUAUCUAAAGAAGCAACAUAUGACCAAAUCAAAGCUGCUAUUAAGGCUGCAUCUGAAAGUGACAACUGGAAAGGCAUCCUAGGAUACACUGAAGAUGAGGUUGUUUCAUCAGAUUUCAUUGGAGAUACUCACAGCAGCAUUUUUGAUGCCAAGGCUGGCAUUUCAUUGAACAACAACUUCGUAAAACUUGUGUCUUGGUAUGACAAUGAAUAUGGAUACAGUAACAGAGUUAUUGACCUCAUCAAGUACAUGAAAUCCAGAGAUGGUUAAGAAUUGAGUUUAAAUUCACAAAGCAGUAUUCCAUUUCCUUUUUUUUUGUCACUAGGAUUUGAGAAUUCAUGUUGAAAGUUGUUAUUUGUUCCUGCUAAAAAGACUUUUUUAUUCAAUUUCAUUUACAUUGUUAAACGUAUUCUCUUCAGUUGGCUCUUUUAAAAAUUAUUAAAAUUAUGUUGUAUUCUGAAAUAAAAUGCAUUAUUUAUUCCUC